CUCCUCCCCGCGGCACAGCCGGCUGCCCGGCCUGCUCUGCCUCCUCCCCCCGCUGCUGCCGACGUGGCGGGGCGGGGAAGGGAAAGGAGCCCGGGGUGCGCCGGCCGGGCACUGCUGAGCGAAUUGAAAAUGUCUGAAGACAUAUGUGAUGGCAUCCCAGCUGAAGAAAAACCUGAAGUAAUGGAAAUGCCCAGCAAGGAGGUGUUGCCUCAUGAGUCAGUACCACACCUUGUGGAAGCUGAGAUCUUGCAUGAGUCUUCACAAGGUGAACGUGGACAGGCUGCUCAGAGUGCCAGUAAUAGACAGGAAGGAGAAAUAUUUAUUAACGAAAACCCUUUGACUGAAAAAUUAAAUGAAAGUCUGCCUUCCAAUGAAGAGGCAACUGAAGACGUGCCAGCUGAGUGCAGUGAUACCGUGAGCCUUGAUGCAGAACCUGAAUCUGAAGAAACACUGAAUGAACAAAGCAGUCCAGCCACAGACUCUUCAUCUAAAGCAAGUAGAUGGGGAGCUUGGGGUACCUGGGGAAAGUCUCUCCUGUCAUCAGCUUCUGCCACAGUGGGUCAUGGGAUAACAGCAGUAAAGGAAAAAGCAGGAUCUACCCUAGGAAUUCAUAAUACAAGUUCAGCAUCUUCAGAAACAGCAGAGUCUCCUGCAGCUGAAACACCAAUUACACAAGCAGAAGAUACUCUGGACCAAAGCUUUUCUGAGAAUAUUCCUUCUUCUCCUUCAUCUGGAUCUCGUGGCAUGUUGUCAGCUAUCACUAAUGCUGUUCAGAACACAGGGAAAAGUGUUUUAUCUGGAGGUUUAGAUGCUUUGGAAUUCAUUGGGAAGACAACCAUGAAUGUCCUUGCAGAAAGCGAUCCUGGAUUUAAGAGAACCAAAACACUGAUGGCAAGAACAGUUUCUCUUUCUCAGCUGUUGCGCGAAGCUAAAGAAAAAGAGAAACAGAGGAGGGCCCAGCAAGUUACAGUUGAAAGAACAGCCCAUUAUGGACUACUCUUUGAUGAAUUUCAAGGUUUGUCUCAUCUUGAAGCUCUGGAAAUCCUGUCAAAUGAAAGUGAAGCUCAGAUUCAGUCAUAUUUAGCAACACUUGAUGGAGAGCAGUUGGAGACUGUGAAAACUGAUUUAAUUGCUAUAAAAGAGAUCUUUGUUCCAAAGGAAUCAGAUGAUGAAGCAUUGCAGGCACAGAAAGCAGAUAUGGGAGAAGAGUUUGUCAGCAUGCUCACUGAACUGCUCUUUGAAUUGCAUGUUGCUGCUACUCCUGACAAACUCAAUAAGGCUAGGAAAAAAGCUCAUGAGUGGCUAGAAGAAGCCACUUUUUCCACACCAGUAGACAUAGAAGAGAAGGUAAAAGCAAAACCUGAAGAACCUGGUGAAGAAAGCGCUGAAAAAGAAGAAAAAACUGACAGUGAUAAACCAGAAAUAAAUAAAAACAAAACUGUGGAGGAAAUCUACAUGCUGUCCAUUGAAAGUCUGGCCGAGGUAACUGCUCGUUGCAUUGAACAGCUUCAUAAAGUAGCGGAAUUAAUUCUGCAUGGGCAGGAAGUGGAAAAAACAGCUCAAGAUCAAGCAAAAGUACUGACAAACUUAACAAAUGCCAUGUGCAAUGAAGUUUCAUCUUUAUCCAAGAAGUUUUCUGAUUCUGUAACAACAGCUGGGAGCAGAGUGAAGGCAGAGGUUCUUAACCCCAUCAUCAACAGUGUGCUAUUAGAGGGUUGCAACAGUACUACUUAUAUUCAGGAUGCUUUCCAGCUAUUGCUUCCAGUUCUGCAAAUUUCCCAUAUCCAGACAAGUUGUUCGAAAGCACAAGAGUGACAGUUUCCCAGCAGCUGUCACCAUCGGGCUUAACAGAAACCGCAGACCUGAUGUCUUUUAAUGUUUGCAGGUAGAAGAGAUGGCACAAGAGAUGUCUGGCCUCUUCGAGUCCUUUGAAGACUCUAAAUGCAGUUUUGCACAUACAGUAUUGACCAACAUUUUAAAACUCGUCAGACUUUUAGACUUCAGAAGUAGUUAGUAAAGUGAGUAAUUUCUUUUCCAUUAGAGUAUAUCCUUUGCAGGAAUUUACAAUGACGUUUAUUGAUAUUAGCAUUGACAUAAACACAAUUUCUAAAAGUUGACCAUUUCAGUUGUGUUCCAUGUAUGAAGUGAAUUGGAAUGUAAAGUUGUUUAAAACAUUUCAGCUGAAAUGACCAUUUCUGUUGUUUGCAUCCUGUCAGUUAAAAAUGUGUAUUUCAAAAGUUGGUUUCAUUAUUUAAUUUGAGGCAACAUGAACAAAUUAUCAUAGUGCUGUGCUCAUUAAAUAUUGCUUACAGUAGCAAACAGUAACAUCAUAAUAAAAUGUACCACCCACGUAGCACUUUGUAUUGAAAGAGUUGUACAGUAAUAGGUAUGAACUUUGCUAAAUGAAAAUUAUGGAGGAUCUGCAUAAAGAAUUAUACUGAAAUGUUCUGAGCCAGCUAACAGUGCUAGGUCCUGUAUUUGCUGACCCAUAAUUUUUUGUUUAUGUCUGUUUCUUCAUUCCAACAGCUGAACAACAUUGCAGUCUGAAGUAAUCUUUUUAAUAUGCAAGGGAUAGAAAAUUUCCCUUUUAUUUGGCAAUUGAAACACCCCUAAAAUGAUCUCCUCUCAGAUAGAUGCAUCACCAGGUUGGCACUUUGGGGUUUAAUUUAGGUUUUAAGCAUUGUGAACCUUUUAUCAAAUGGAGUUACUGAUACCAACAAUUCAGCUGUACAGGUUUUGGGCACUGAAGAGAAGUUGUGAAAACAAGUUAAGAGAGAAUUGCUUUGGGUGGGGAGGUCAUAAGUCAUCUUUUCUCUGGGGCAGUAGUUACACAGAGCAUAAAUGAGCAGCAAGAAUGAUGUUUCAUGAUAACACCAGUAACUGUGAUAAUUUGUCUACAUCCUUAGUUUAAAAUCCUGAGCUAGGAACCUCAGAAUUUGUUCAGGUUAGUUUACCUCGUGGACAGGAAGAACAUCCCAGUAUGUUAUGUAGCCUCUUCUCCUGGAUUGUCAUUGUUUAUUAUGAUUCUUUCAUCUGUUUUGUAUUUUUUUCCACUUGAUACACUCAUGGGUUUUAUUUAAAUGCCCUUUAAUUGUGGUCAAGAUCUGAAUAUUUUUUACUAUAGAAGUAAGUUCAUACAUCUUAAAAAUAAGGAAAUGGAGAACAAGGAAAUACUAUGCUGUUUUUUAGGAGAGAGAAACCAUGUUUCUGCUUUGCACAUGAUAACUUUUUUGAGACCAAAUAAAAGAGGACAGAAAGGUCUCCGUGUGUCUUACAGUA